ACGGUGAACAAUUGUCUGUCGUUUGUCUGCUGUCAAUUGGAUAAAUAAAAUGUCAACUCGUUUUGUAGAGUCGCAUUUGUAUUAGAUGUAAUUUUUAAAAAUAUCUUAUUUUUUUACAAUAUAAUGUGUGAUAAUGGCAUCGGUGAAAGUAGCUGUAAGGGUUCGCCCAUUCAAUCAAAGGGAGAAGGACAUGAAUGCCAAACUCAUUGUUCAAAUGGAUGGCAAAAAGACAAGACUCCUAACUGUAAAAAAUAGCAAAGAGCAAAACGAUGGCAGCCGUGAGAAGUACAAGGAUUUUACAUUCGAUCACUCCUACUGGUCCUUCGACCAUGGGGACAGUCACUACGCCUCACAGGAACAGGUGUUCUCUGACCUGGGUGUGGACGUCAUUGACAGCGCAUUCGAGGGCUACAACGCGUGCGUGUUCGCGUACGGACAGACUGGCAGCGGGAAGACGUUCACCAUGAUGGGAUCUCCGGAAUGUCAAGGUCUUAUCCCGCGGAUAUGUCGGCAACUGUUCUCCCGUAUGGCGGCGGGCAAGGAGACUGGCUCCUCCUACCGUACGGAGGUCAGCUAUCUGGAGAUCUACAACGAACGCGUCAAGGAUCUGCUGUCUGGGGAUGCAGGGCACUCACUGAGGGUCCGUGAACAUCCCAAAUUAGGGCCCUACGUGCAGGACCUGUCGAGGCACCUUGUAUCGGAUUACGAUGAUAUACAGGAAUGCAUGACGCGUGGCAACCAGCAGCGCACGACUGCAUCGACUCAGAUGAACGACGUGUCGUCUCGCUCGCACGCCAUCUUCACGCUCACGUUCGUGCGGGCCGGCUAUACGCGCCACAAUAACAUGCCCUGCGAGACACUCUCCAAGGUGCAUCUCGUCGACCUCGCCGGCAGCGAGCGUGCUGAUGCGACGGGCGCGACUGGACAGCGACUGGUGGAGGGUGCUCACAUCAACAAGUCACUGGUCACACUCGGCUCCGUCAUCUCCGCGCUUGCAGAGUCCAGCCAGCAGGCCGACAAUCGUACUCCAAAAACUAAGAAAAAUGUGUUCAUCCCAUACCGAGAUUCAGUCCUGACUUGGUUACUAAAAGAUUCCCUAGGCGGUAAUUCCAAGACAAUCAUGAUUGCUGCGAUAUCUCCAGCGGAUUGCAACUACGGGGAGACGUUGUCAACGCUGCGCUACGCCAAUCGCGCCAAGAACAUCAUCAACAAGCCAACAAUCAAUGAGGAUCCAAACGUCAAGCUUAUCCGCGAGCUGCGUGAUGAGAUCGACAAAUUGCGUGCCCAGAUCGCACACAAUACGAACCCCGUGGAAGCGGAAAACGCGGUGCUUGCGACUCUGCAGCGUAAGGAGGCACAAGAGAAGGUGCUGACAGAGAAGUGGACGGAGAAGUGGCGAGAGACGCAGCAGAUCCUGCAGGAACAGAAGGCGCUGGGGCUGCGCAAAAGCGGCCUCGGCGUAGUCCUCGACUCUGACAUGCCGCAUCUCGUCGGCAUUGAUGAUAAUUUACUUUCAACCGGUGUCACACUCUACCAUCUCAAGGAGGGUGAGACGGUGAUCGGCAGCGAGGAGCUGUCGCCGACGCCGGACAUAGUGCUGAGCGGCGCGGGCGUGCUGCCGCUGCACUGCCGUGUGGUGCUGCGCGAGGGCGUCGCCACGCUACUGCCUGCACCCGGCGCACAGUGCUGGCUCAACACUGUGCUGCUCGACGGACCAGCCAAACUCAGCCAGGGUUGCAUUUUACUGUUGGGUCGUACCAACAUGUUCCGCUACAACGACCCGGCGGAAGCGGCCAAGCUGCGGCUGGAGGGCAGCGCCUCAGUCAUGAACCUCUCCCGCCUUUCGCUGCUCUCCUGGUCCACCACAGAUCUAGCUGCUAGUACCGAGAACCUCAAUACCACACUGUCUGACCUGGAGAGCGAGAUAAAAUGCGAGCGUAUCGAGGCGCAGCGCGCGGAGCUGGAACGUGAACGGCAGCAAUUCCUGCUGCAGCAGCAGGAACGACAGCGGCGCUGGCACGAGGAGCGCGAGCAGCUGCUAAUGGCGCAGAAGAAACUCGACGAGGAGCGUUCAGCAAUGGAGCGUGAGUACGCGGCAGCAUGCAGACGGUUGUCAGGCGACUGGCGUGCGUUAGAACGCGGGUGGGCGCUGCGAAGACGCGCGUUACGCUGCCGACAACGCGAGCUUGCAGCGCGCGUGCAGCGACACGGUGCAGCGGAGGUUGCGGCGCGGGCACAUAUAGAAAAAGAGGAGGUUCAGAUAUCUAAUCUGCAAGACAAACUUGGUGACAAGAGAAAAGAGCUGAAAUCUUUUGUGGAAACCAGUGUCAAGGAACUGUUGGGAAAAGGAUACGAAUUGAAUAAGAGUUCAUCACCAAGUCCUGACAGUCCUGCGUCGGAGACCUCGACAGAGAGCCUGAUGCAUCUCCUGCAGCAGUGUGAACCUAACACCGCUACCACGAUAAAGGACACCGUCGACAGGCAUAAAAAAGAGCUGGAGGAGCUGGAGCAGGAGCUGCAGAGCCGCGUGGCGACGGUGGCCUCGCACCGGGUGAAGGUGGAGCGGCUGCAGGCGGAGCUCGCCGCGCUCGGGGCGCAGCGCCCGUUCCACACGGCGACUAGCACGCCCAAGGCGUUCCCCGGAGACUCCGCCCCCGGCUCACCCGCGCACGCUGUGGAGCCGCCCCGCCCCCGCUUCCGUCUCGGUCCCGCCCCACCUGAUGACAGUGAUGACAUGUCCAGCACUGAGGAUUAUUGCAAGCCGAGAAUUGUAGAAGGUCAAUCAUCAAGUUCGGUUGAGCGCUCACCCGAAGAAAGACAUCAAAGGAUCAAAUAUCGGAAGAGGAUUACAGGAGACAAGGGUCGUCGUCAGGUGACGGAGGCGGAGGCGCUGCGGGCAAUGCAGCGACUGUGCUCGAGGAUCGCCUCGCAGAAGCUGCUCGUCAUCUCCUCGUUGGAGAACGAUUGCUCCAAAGAGGAACUGAAUCGACAAAUCGCGGUACUGCAAGAACUACAAAAGAAGUACGUACGUCUAGAGAUGGCGCUGCAGUACUCGUUCUUCGACAACCAGGCGAGCCGGCGACCCAUCAUGGUGACGCCCAUACAAGAGACGCCCUCCCUCACGCUGUCCGAGAGCGACAUGCAAGUCGCCACCGACCAGACCAACGACACGGAACAGACCUUUGAAGAUCCCUUACUAAAUAGGUUAAAAGAGACAGAAGCGGAGGCGUCAGACAAUGUGUCGACGUCCAACGAUGAGCUGCCGUGUGAGGGGGCGUGGCGCGACCCGCUCGCUGCGGACCCGCGCGCACCAGCGUUACCCGUACCCGUACCUGUACCACUAAAUGAUGACACCACAGCACUAGGCUUAACACAUCCUAUUAAUUUUGCGGAGGUGGUGAGCAUACCGGGGUGGGUGGUGCGCGGUGCGGGCGCGGGCACGCACCACGAGUACGAGGUGCGCGUGUGGCUCGGACCGCACUGCCACUGGCAGCUGCUGCGCCGCUACCGCCUAGAGGCGUUUCUGCGCCGGCUGCUGGCUGCGUGUGCGCAGGACGCGCGCUGUCCGCUCCACGCCGCCCCACUAACUAGAGACUCGCUCGUCGCAUUCUCGCCAUUCUUCCGAAAGGGCGUGUUCGAGAGCGGCAAGUGCGGCACGGGAUGAUGCCGGCCGGAGCUCGCCACGGCGCGGGCGCUGGCGCGGUGCGUGGCGCGACUGGCGCGGCUG